AUGCCACACGAUAUUUGGCCAGAUCUUGGCCUUUGGUCCAAUACGUUUGGGCUGGUCAUCGCGGUCAUCGUCUGUUUAGCAGCAUUUGCAGUUAGCCGCCGGCCAGCCCCAACUGCUCAGUCCGCUGCAAAGAAACCGAAGCCUUCCAAAAGCCUGACGUUUCGUGUCGACGACAUCCCAAUCGAACACGCCGAAAACUUCGAUCGCAACCUUCAGUCCGUGGCCGAGCUGGAUGAAAGUUUGCGUGGCGCUGCGGUUCCUUUUGUCCGUCGUUCCCUGGAGCGCAAGGACCAGGCAUUUAUGUGUGCCACCGUCUUGACCACCACACGUCUUUCAGGAAAGGAAUUGUGUACGCGGUUAUCCCAAGCUUCAAAGGACUACCACUACAGCUAUAGCUGUGACUUUGACGGCAUUACGCCUAUGUUUGAAGACGUCAACGGUGUAGCGGUAGAUAUCAUCGCGGUGCCCGGCCUCGGAAGCCACGCGCUUGGGUCCUGGAAAUCUACCAACAGCGAUAAGGUCUGGCUGCUCGACUUCUUGCCGCACGAUGUGCCCAAUAUCCGAGUCCUACUCUAUGGGUACGACACGACGCUGCCGGGCAGCCUUUCGAAGCAGUCAAUCGAAGACUUGGGUGGAACACUUGUGGAGAGAGUCGUUGCCUUCCGUGCGAGAGACGGCGCACUAAUUCGCGCUCGCAAACGGCCCGAUGGCGCUAUUGCCGAUCUUGCCAAGGCUUGCUACGCUCUCCUAUUCUUUGGCGUCCCGAACCUUGGUCUUCGCAACGACCAGCUCAGGACCCUUGUUCAGGGCCAACCCAAUGAAGCUUUAAUGCACGAUCUGCUUGUCGACAACGACUCUGAAGCCUCAACGUUUCUCAAGAGACUUGCAGAUCAGUUCUCUGAGAGCUGUAAGAAUCAUUAUCGCGUAAUGUCGUUCUUCGAGCGCAUGCUCAGCCCAACUCUAGAGGUAUGCCACUCUUCUACAAAGCUGAUGGCGCAAGUUUAA